AGGCGCUGCCGCCCUGUCGCUGCCGCUCGCGCAUCCCGGCGCUCUGCGACGAUGCCGCUGGCGGAUCGCAAGGAGAGUGGGCCGCGGUAUCGGAAUCAGCUGGACAAGGACGAUGCCCGGCGCGGUCGUGAGGAGACCACCAUCUCCAUCCGGAAGGACAAGCGCAACGAGCAGCUGCAGAAGAAGCGCUUUGGCGGCCCCGCCGCGAUGAUGAUGCCUCCAGACCAGUCGCAGCAGUCGGUGGGGUCGCAGGCGUGGGCCGAGUCCGACCCGCAGAAGCUGGUCGCUGGCGUGCAGUCAGAGGACCCGAACCAGCAGCUGCCGGCGGUGACGCAGUUCCGAAAGCUGCUGUCGAUCGAGCGCUCGCCGCCCAUCGAGGAGGUGAUCGCCGCGGGCGUCGUCCCGCGCUUUGUGCAGUUCUUGCAGUGCGGCGACAACCCGAUGCUGCAGUUUGAGAGCGCGUGGGCGCUGACCAACAUCGCGUCGGGCACGUCGGAGCACACGCGGGUGGUGAUCGCCAACGGGGCGGUGCCCAUCUUUGUGCAGCUCCUGAUGUCGCCCAACGACGACGUGCGGGAGCAGGCCGUCUGGGCGCUCGGCAACAUCGCGGGCGACUCGCCCGAGUGCCGCGACCUCGUGCUCACGCAGGGCGCGCUGCAGCCGCUGCUCGAGCAGCUGCAGCCCUCGUCCAAGAUGUCGAUGCUGCGCAACGCGACGUGGACGCUCUCCAACCUGUGCCGCGGCAAGCCCCAGCCGCAGUGGCCGCACGUCGUCGGCGCGCUCCCCAUCCUCGCGCAGCUCAUCUUCUCCAACGACGACGAGGUGCUGGCCGACGCGUGCUGGGCGCUGUCGUACCUCUCCGACGGCCCAAACGACAAGAUCCAAAAGGUGCUCGACACGGGCAUCUGCGCGCGGAUCGUGGAGCUGAUGGGCCACCCGCCGGCGAGCGUGCAGACGCCCGCGCUGCGCACCGCGGGCAACAUCGUCACGGGCGACGACAACCAGACGCAGCAGGUGAUCAACUGCGGCGCGCUGCCGAGACUGCUCGCGCUGCUCAACUCGCCCAAGAAGGGGAUCCGGAAGGAGGCGUGCUGGACCAUCUCCAACAUCACGGCGGGCACGCGCGAGCAGAUCCAGGCCGUCAUCGAGUCCAACAUCAUCCCGCCCCUCGUGCUGCUGCUCGCAACGGCGGAGUUCGACAUCAAAAAGGAGGCGGCCUGGUCCAUCUCCAACGCGACGAGCGGCGGUUCGACGGACCAGAUCAAGUACCUCGUCACGCAGGGGUGCAUCAAGCCGCUCUGCGACCUGCUCAUCUGCAACGACCCGCGCCUCGUCACCGUCGCGCUCGAGGGCAUCGAGAACGUCCUCAAGGCGGGCGAGCAGGACGGCGCGGCGACCGGCACAAACCCGUACGCGUCCUACGUUGACGAGGCGGACGGGCUGGAGAAGCUGGAGAAGCUGCAGGAGCACAACAACGAGGACGUCUUCAAGAAGGCGGUGCACAUCCUCGAGUCCUACUUUGGCUUGCUAGAGGAGGAGGACGAGCACCUCGCCCCCACCACCACGCAGCAGGGCUUUGUCUUCCAGGGGGCGCAGCAGCCCAUGGGCGGGAGAGAGCCCUCCCGCCCUCCGCAAGGCGGCUACCAGUUCUGAUGCCGCUGCCCGCCCGGACCGUCGCCGCGCCUUCGGCCGGUGCGGAUCUGGCUCUGAGCGAGGCUCGACUCGCCGGGCCGGCCGCCCUCGCCUCAUCCCCCGUCCCACGUAUCCUCUCGUAUCGCGACACGAGUGUUUUUGGCGUCCCGUGUCGCACCCCGCCGCAGAUCUCAGCGAGCGUCCCGCAUCGCCGCCAGGCGCGCGCCACCAAGACCGGCGCGCACUGGUCGCGGUCGCGGCCGCCUCGCUGUCCGGCGGCCCCGGUGCUAACCCUCCCCCCGGGUGCCGCCCCCAAUCUCCAUUGGCACAGCUCUGGCAAGCCCUCUCACUCUCCAGGUCUCUCCACAUUUCCUCCGAUGUGCUCGGGUGCUGGGUCACUGUUGCAAGCGAGUCAGCCCUCGGAUCUCUGUGUUUGUAUGUCCUUACGGUAUUCCCCUACAAAACA